UUGGUUGGGAUGAUAACCUAAAAAUGAUAACGUGCGACGCUAAGACAUACCAAGAAGAAGUCAUGGCGCAUCGAAAGCAUGCGGAGUAUCUAAACAAAAAAAUUGAGAUGUAUGAUGAAUUAGCUAUUGUUGUGGGGAAUGACAUAGCCACGGGUGGCUUUUCUAAGUCCUAUGUGCAUAUUGAGAAUGAGCCAGACAAUGGGGACAGUGUUGAGUUUGUUGUAGACAAUGUGGAGGAAGGUGUGGUCGAGAAAGGGAAGAAUGCAGUCGAGUCAUCCACCACUGGGUCGGGAAUUUCCAAGUCCCGCAAAAGAGGGCGUGCACCUUCUAAUGCUGAUGAUAGUGUGCUGACUGAUCUGUUUGAUUAGUUGAAGGAAA